GGUAGCAAUUGAAGCAUCUUGCACCAGGUGCAGCGUGCGUUCUGGAGGUCGUCGCUGUGUGCGCCCCAGCGCUCAAUCCGCUCGCCACCAUGCGCGCAAGUGCCAUUGCACUGCCUCAUUCCUGUUUUUUCGGCUUCGAAGCGUCAUCUCCUUCCUCCCGUCGCCUAUAAAUCCAGAAUGACGUCUUCGGCUACACUCCGUCACAUUUCUCCGCUCAAAGUGCGCUCGCUGCCCUCCCGGGAGGCUGCAUCUAGCUCCAAGACCAUGCAGGCGCCCACUGCAAUCCCGCUCCACCUGAAACUCGCUGUGGGCGGUAUGGCAGGAGCUGUCGGAAUGGUCGCCACCUUCCCCAUGGACAUCGUCAAGACGCAUCUGCAGGGCCAAACACGCACGGGUGGACGCAUGGCGUUCUCCGGACCUGUGCAAUGCUUCAAGCACAUUGUGGCCACCGACGGACUGCGCGGUUUGUACCGUGGUCUGCCCCCUACACUCAUGGGAGUUCUCCCCGAAAAGGCCAUCAAACUUGCAGUCAACGAGCAGCUCCGAGAAUACUUCGCCGACGCUGACGGUAACCUGUCACUGACCAAGCAAGCGCUGGCUGGUGCCGGUGCUGGUUGUGCGCAAUCCAUCAUCACUAACCCGGUUGAGAUCGUCAAGAUCCGCUUGCAAAUGCAGACGUCGCUGCCAGUUGCAGAACGACAAACGGCGUUGGAGAUCGCAAGGAGUUUAGGAAUCCGCGGCGUGUACAAGGGAGCAGGCGUGUGCUUCAUGCGCGAUGUUCCGUACGCUAUCCUCUUCUUCCCGUCCUACGCUACGCUUCGUGACGCCUGGGCAGACAAGGCCACGGGUAAGAACUCGGUGCUGUCUAUUGUGACGGCUGGAGCUGUGGCCGGCGCUGGCGCUGCUGCGAUCUGCACACCAGCUGACGUGAUCAAGACACGACUCCAGAUGAAGGGAUCUCCAUACACUGGCAUGGUCGACUGUGUCCGGAAAAUCGUGUCUGCCAACGGCCCCAUGGCGCUUAUGAAGGGCGCAGGGCCGCGUAUGAUGGUGCAGGCGCCGCUGUUUGGCAUCACCCUCGUGGCGUUCGAGCUGCAGAAGAAGUACAUGGAGUCUCUGGCGACUCGGAAUUAGGUUAGAGUUAACUUAGAGCGGAUUUAACGGGAGUCGCAUCUCUAUUUCAUAGAACUUCGCCAACUCUCUGGGCCCUG